AUUUUGAGCACUUGUUUGUGGCUGUUAUGACAGCUGGAAUUUUAAUGACACCGUCUCGCGUAUUGUAUGCGUCGUGUAAAGUCAAUCAUCCAAUUUGUCGUAAUUAUAAAAUGACAUUAUUACAGGCAUUAUAGUUUAUUUGUAAGUGCUCAAUGUGAAAAAGAGGAGGUCUGCUUGGAUAUGACGACUUCCUCGGAGAGCGUCAAAUUCCUGCAACUUCGGAACGGCGAGCGUAUCAAUAUAAAUUCAUUCUGUAAUGUCGUUCACACUGAUGAUGGCAAGCUUCCGACGGAGCAGAAAUCUGGUAGCAUGUUCGAGUCUUAUAGAGAGCAUUUCAAAACCGCGGAGAUAUCUGUCCCUCCAGUUGAUUAUAAAGUGGUGGAUUCUUUGCUAACAACUAAUAGUGAUAAGAAACGUCCCGAGGAGUUUGUCAAAUUUGUCGAGAAAACGAAAUCUGAUUAUGAUCAGAUGAUAGAGUAUGACUGCGACGAAGAGGACUAUCUCUGGAUAAAAAACGUGAACAAAUCACGAAAGAAGAACAAGGAAAAGUUGAUAACACCGGAGUUGUUGGAGAAAGUUAUGGACAAACUGGAAAAAGAGAGCUGUUUUGAAGUAGUGAAAGGGUCGCCAUCAAUGGUUCCCGGUUCUUCUAUGGAUGGUGACGAUGUAUGUUGUGUAUGUGGUGAUGGAGAUGUAAAUAAUGUAAACCAAAUAAUCUAUUGUGACAUGUGCAACAUAGCAGUUCACCAGGAUUGUUACGGAGUGCCAUAUAUUCCUGAAGGCCAAUGGCUAUGUCGCCGAUGUAAGCUGUCACCAUCUACGCAAGUGGAAUGUUGUUUAUGCCCGAACACUAGUGGUGCCUUCAAACAAACAAGCGACGAACGUUGGGCACAUGUCAUCUGCGCUAUCUGGCUUAAUGAGGUGCAUUUUGGCAACACGGUGUUCUUGGAACCUAUAGAAGGUGUAGAUGCCUCGUUAGAACGUCGAUGCAAGCUGAAAUGUUUAGUAUGCAGAAAGAAGAUGGGUGCAUGUUUGCAAUGUUCGACUCGCAGUUGUCUGAAAGCUUUUCACGUCACGUGCGCACAACAAUCGGGAAUGGCAAUGCAAAUCAAGACAAAUCCAGAUCCCGAAAGCUCUGAUCUCGUAGAUGUCCAGCGGUUUGUGUACUGUCAUCUUCAUGCUGCUGAUGAUGGGUGUGACCCAGUCACUCGCAAGAAGCGUAUGGACGAGGCAAUCCGUCGUGCUCGCCGAAGUAUGGCGGCAAAGACAAGCAGGACACCUACUGUAAAUAUGCCAACUAUAUCAUCUGAAGCUAUUGAAAGUAUCAAGAAGCAAGUAGGCUCCGUCGUUAGUGAUAUUGUGCAGUAUUGGUAUCUCAAAAGGCGAAGUCGCUGUGGUGUUCCGCUUAUCCGGCGGCUGCAGCUCAACCAGAAAGUGUCUCGGCCAUCCAAUUUCUUUGCUUCUGAACUUGAUCAAGAAGAGCAGACGAUAUAUCAGCAGUUUGCGCUCAAGAGGAUGAGUUUGGAAACCACCAGGCUGCUAUGUGAGCAAGUUAAGAAGCGAGAAAGUCACAAAAGAAGUCAUCGGAAAGUUUCCUCCCUGCUUACCUCAGCAUUGCUCAAGCCUAUUCCCCUCGUGCUUGAAGAUAUACUUGAUCGACUUUUGGAGAAGGACAAGGACAAGGUGUUUGCCAAUCCAGUCACGCUGGAAGGGUAUAAGGACUAUAUCAAGCAUCCCAUGGACCUAUCCACGAUGAGAAAAAAAGCAGAAAAGGGCAAGUAUGAUUCGAUAGCCGCUUUGCGGACCGAUGUUCUUCUGAUGACUGAUAACUGCGAAAAAUUCAACGUGGAGAAUCCCUACUUCUUGCAGUAUGGUCGCAAGUUUCGAAAAGUUGCUCUACAACUACUCGAUAAAGAGGAGAACAGAGAGCGAACGUUGGAGAAGCUGCUUUCUUGCGGGACAGAAGGCUCUAUACUUUCUGAAGUAUCACGCUUGGGUUUGUACGACGUAUUAGAAGCUGAGGUCUCGAAGGACGAAAGUGAACAGGAAUGCGAGGAGAAAGUGCAAAGAACGCAUCGGACUCGCGAACCGAAACCAUCUGCCGCUGGUUCUUCUUUCGAACCAAAGCAAUCGGGAGGUUUGGGAUUAGGUUCUUUCCUUGCUCCAAAAGUACAGGGUGGCGGACUCUUUACUAUAAACGGUAGUAAUCCGAAACCGAAACGAAAGACCAGUCCUGUGGACAAGACUCCGAGCCAUAAAAGACGGAAGAAGGAUCUGGCUUCUAAUAAUACGCAUCAAUCGCCGAUCACUGCUUUCCUUUCUCCCUCUACUCCAUCGGGUAGACGAUCGCUUGCCCGACCGAAUGGAACUGCCCCUCUCAUGGCUUUCCGUAACAACUCGGUGAAAAGCCCGCUGCCUGCUGACGUUGCGUCUUCUGAAUCUUCAGCUGAGGAGGAAGGCAGUAACGCAGUUCGCCGUAGGACGCGGUUUGGUGAUCAAGCCAAAAUGGAAAUCCAGGAUCUGAGUGAUUUUGAUGGAUAUCACCAUAACGAUCUUGUCGUUGUCGACGGAAUCGCUGGACGAGUUAUUGAUCCGGUUGACGCGAGAGUCGAUGGUGGUCUCCCAAGCGAGCUUGUCAGUGAAUGUAGAAUGUCUGCUCACAGAAAGGAGUCUCAAAUCUGUGUCUACCUCUUUGAAAAUGAGAAUAAGUGGGGAUGGUAUCCUUCCCGGGAUGUUCGUUAUUUGAACACGAAUGGCGAUAACAUGUCCUCAUUGUCAUCUUUCAAACUGGCUAUGAAGUGGCAUAAGAAAAUGAUGGAGAUGUAUAGUGGUAAGCAGCCAAUGUCGUCACGAUGACAGCUUUCGCCAACGAUGUUUUCGAACCUUUUCUCGCCAAAUCUCAGUCGUUUUCCGAAACUGGUUGUAUGUCCUGCAUCGUAGUAUUUCACUUACAGGACUGUUCCACGAUCCUCUUUCGUACCGUUUAGUGUCUUAUCCUACUGUCAGCUUUUGUGUUAGAAGACGGUGUGUAGGACUCAGUUAAGGUUAUCAUUCCUCGUAUUAGAUUAAUUGAAGAUGGAAUGAUGCCGUAUCAUAUUCAUGCCAGGGCAUGACAUUUUAACAAAGGUCUCAUAACUAUCUGAUUCACUCAUUAUCAUCCCGAUGUUCCAUUUGUGUUCUCCUUCUUUUUCAUUCAAAUGCAUGUUCUAACAAAAGCAUUAUCGUAGCAAACUCUGGAUCUGAACUGACUUCCGUGUAUCAUUUAUGAUUUCCUUGUACAGUGUUGUUGAUUUGCUUUAUUCACGAGUCGUCUUCAGAUGUUCGAUAUGAACAAAGCC